AUGGAGGCUCGGAGUUCUUGCCGGCUCAAGGUCAGCGCGGCUCGGGUUUGUUUCGCCACUGCUUGGGAACAACCAAACUUUCCAAGGCUCGGGAUCUCAAAAUCCACCACGACUCGGGCUAACGGCUGCUCAGGGCCUCCCAUGACGCAGGGCAGGAUGCCGACAGUUCAAGGGCACAAGCCGGGGGUCGACACAACGCUUGUCAGAGAGGGGGCGACGCGGGUCGUAAGCGGUGCGUUUCAACAGAUCGACGGCGACGAGGUGCUCACUAGAAAACAGAAGAAAACAGCUCAUGGUUUCGAAACUUUCACGAUUCGGGUCACAGUGGCACAAAAUGAGGAGAGUAAUGCAGUUCGCUGGAGAUGGAAGACCCGGCAGUAA